UUCGAAUAAUAAAUUUAUGAACAAAAGAAUUUUUGGCAUUUGAAGUUGGCAGCACUUGUGCAUACGAAUGUCACAUGUUAGAAAUGUCAAAUGGUGGGAAUGACGGAGCAAGUGCGGAAAAUGCUGACGAGGAAUAUGUUCAUCCCGUAUUCAAGAAUGAUCCCAUAAAGUUAUUUAGUUAUGUAAAUAAGGAGGUUGAGGUGAAAGUUAAUGGAGGAAAGAUAUUUAGAGGUUGGGUUAAAACCAUUGAUCCUGUUUCUGAAAGUGUUGUCUUGGUUAAUUUUCUAGAAAGGAAACCUGUCACGAUACAAAUAAUCAUGGGCCAUACUAUUGAAUUUAUAAAUAUUGUAUGCACAGAAGAGCAUUAUCAUUCUCAAUUAGAAUCUCUUUUCCAACAAGAAGAAGAAUUAUAUUCUAAAGAAGAUGUAAACGAUAGAAAAAAUAGACUGAAGUUGUGGUUAAUAAAAAAUAGACUUCCUGUUAAGGAAAUUGAUGAUGCUUUAGAAGUGGCAGAAUGUGUGAAAAUUCUUCCUCCAUAUGGAACUAAUCAAUGUUUUUGUACUAAUGAAAUCAUAUUAGGAAAGAUACAAGGAUUGAUUACAACCAUGCCAAAAACACAUGACAACUCUUAAAAUAUUAUUUUUCUAUGUGACUAUCAGAUUAUUUAUAAAGUAAUAAUAAAUAUUGAAAUUUUAAAAUCAGAAAUAAUGAUUGUUUCAUU